AUGUGCGGGGCGAGGUCCGGCGAGAGGAGGACCUCGGAGAGCACCCACUCGGGCUGCUCCACGAGCCGUGCGGCGUGCUCCUCCGCCACGCGCAGCGCGGCGGCGCUCGUGCCCGCCUGCGCCUCGAUGAUGGCGCACAGCUGCGAUGGCGAGAGGCCAGACAGGCGGGCGCCGAUGCGGCGCCGCACCGCCGGCGACGGCACAGAGCAGCGAGUGGAGCACACCGCGGUGUGCGUGGACAUCCUGCAAAAGGCGGGCGUCGUGGUCGAUUGCAAGUCCAAGGUCCCGCCCGCCGAGCUCAAGAAGAUCAUCGGCGAGUACGACGGCCUGAUCGCCGACUCCUUGUCGGCGCGGCGGCGCGCGCUCCACGAGCUGCUCGAGGCGCGGGCCGCCGAGGCCGAGCGUGACUCCUCCCGGCUCGCCCUCGAGCUGGAGCAGCGAGCCGCUGCAGAGGCGGCCCUCAUGCAAGAGGCGGCUGCGCUUCGAGAGUCCGAGCGCGCGCUCCGCCGUGCACUGCAGGAGGGUCAGCGGCGGGAGGCGGCGCUGAAGAGCGCACUGGCGCGAGCCAGCGAGGAGAGGAGCGCGGCGCGGGCGGAAGCCUCCCGCGCAGCAGCGUCACUCACCGAUCGCGAAUUGGCGCUGGACGGGGCGCAAGCUACGUGCCGCGCGCUCCGCACGCGCGUCAAGGACCUGGAGCUUCAGGAUCAGCAGGCGGCCUUCAUCCGCGGCCACGCGGCGCCGACUCGGCCUCCAUCCGGCCACGCCGCUGCGCGAGCAGCUGCGUCGCCGCCUCGGCCACCGUCGGCGGCAGAACCGCGGAGGAGAGAAAUGUCUGCGGCCAGCGGGGAGGAGCUUGAGUCUGCACAGCAGGCGUACAUCGGCAGGGUGCUCGGAGCAGGCUCGCGCAGGCGCGCGGUGCCACAGAGCAGAUAG